GUUGUGAUAAACUUAUUAAAUAGAUUGUGCAUGAAUGAGUAAUUCGACCUCGGAGACCUCCUCUCCCACCUCAGAGACUGCCACUCCUGCUUCCGAGACUCAGACUACUUACUCCAGUGAGCUGUCCUCUCCUCCCAACACAGAUAAUGUGGACACCAAACUGGAGAAUAUCAGCAGUGGCGAGGAGGCGGGAGUGAGUCGCAGCUAUGAACAGCAGAGGACUCCAGUGUUCUCACCCCAUGCGUUCAGAAUUGCGACUGGUGAUAGGGUGAGUCUGCUGCAAGGACUCAGAAAGAGAAAUCUGAGGGAGUCUACGCCGUUUGUGAAUCUUUUCCAGGAACAUGAAUUAAUAUACAAUAGAGUUGAGCAGUUACAGAAGAAGACAAUACAGCUUCAGAUUGACAACGAGAGACUCAAGCAGACCAAAGACGCCUCCUUCAAUUCACAAGGUGAGCACUCAGACUCGCAUCUUAGAAACGAACUUUCAGAACUGGAGAAGCGACUGUACGAGACGCAGAGAGAUCUAACAACAGCUUUACGAGGAAAAGAUGAAAAUAGCCAAAAGAUACUUGACCUCAAUGACAAAAUCAGACAAAAAGAUGACGCACUUGCACAACGAGAUCAAAAGAUGCGUAACUUGGAAGCCGAGCUGGAAUCGGCCAAAAAGACCAUCAGUCAAAUGAGCUCCAAAAUUGAAAUUCUUGAAGAACAGAAACAAGUGCAAGCAGAUGAAUACAGUUUAUUGGCGCUUAGUUGCAGUCAGUUUGAAGAAAGACUGCUUAAAAGUGAGGAGGAGAACAGACUCAUUUUGCAACAGUGUGUCAAGUUUAAGCAACAAUUCGCUGAUCAGUUGAACGAUAAGAAUGCAGAAUUUAUUGCAGGCCAGGCUGCGGCGAGAGACAAAAAAGUAUCUGACAAUGUGAGAGAAAUGGGCGAAAAACUCAAACAGUUGGAUACGGACAAAGAGGCAAUUUUCACCACCAAGUACGAUGUGACCAAUUUGAUCCUGGCCACUGACAUCCCAGAAAACCCUAGAAACACACUAGAAGCACACAUUGAUCGAGAAGCACACACUGAUGAGGUGACAUGUGUGCGGUUCCUCAACAACAACAGCUUCAUCUCGGCCGGAGUUGACCGAUUUGUCAAGAUAUGGGACUGCACUUCAGCAACUCAAAUAAAACCUAUCGCCACUCUAUCCAGUUGCAAUGGAGCUGUCACAUGUAUAGACGUAGACCAGCAGGAGUCAUGUGUCGUUGCUUCUUCUUACGAUAACUCAUCUCGCAUCUGGUCUCUGAAAGACCACAGACUAAAGCACAGUUUAACUGGCCAUACUGGGAAAGUAAUGGCUGCUAGAUUUAUUAGCGACGACAGUCACAAGGUCGCUACUGGAAGCUACGAUCGCACGAUUAAAGUGUGGGAUCUGAAGCAGCGGCUGUGCUCCAUGGUUCUGCAUUGUCACUCCAGUUGUACAGACUUGGUGGCGAUGGAGGCUAAUCUGUUGUGCAGUGGUCACUUGGACAAGAGGGUCAGAUGUUGGGACAUUCGCAGGUCACAGACUGAUUUCGCCACCAAUGAAGUCCUACUCUCCGGCAAAGUCACUUCAGUUCAUACUGGCAGAGAACGCAGAGACAUUUUGGCCUGCACCAAAGACGGGCAACUGCACGUGAUAGACCACCGGAUGAUGAAGGUGACAGCAACACUAGUUUCGGACUCUUUGAAGAUAGGGGCCGACUACUGUAGAGCCACCCUCAGUCCCGAUGGCAGAUUCGCGAUGGCCGGUAGUAGCGACGGCACCCUCGUCAUUUUCGACGUCAACUCUCAGAAUGUGUCCAAAAUCUUGAAAGCACAGCAUCACUCCGUCAUUCUCUGCACUGCAUGGUCUAACGACGGAACGAAACUUCUCAGUGCGGACAAAGGCAAGAAAGUGAUUCUUUGGUGCGAUAGAACUUACUAGAAACAGUGUUCGAUCAGUUUUGAAAUAAAGGAAAUUACACCAGGUGCUAAUAUCAGACAACAAACAACGAAUUCUUGACAUUUCUAAACUUAUACUACUAAGCUUCUUUAUCCCCAGAAAGUAGAUGAAUUUUAUCACGUAUCGUAUAUUCUGAAUGAAUAAAUUAGGUAGAUUUAAUUUUUCAAUGCUUAUCCGCUUUCAGUUGUCAAGUGUCAAGGAAACAAUUCAAUCUAAACUUGUA